GCCGAAUGCACUGAUAUAAAAGCAGAGCGUGCGGCGCCAUUUUAAGCCUCUAUGUCGCGUUGCGCGGAGGGUGUGAGGUGUGUGUUCGGCCGGGAGUUGCACGAAGCGCUGGGAGACAUUUAAUAUCUGAAUACGGUUAAACUCUGGUACCUCCCAGGUACGACGACAGCUAUACGGCUUCCAGCAGCCGGUCAGUGGAGGAGGGACGGACACAGCCCGGGCUGGUGGAGGCGGCGGCGGCCAUCACCGGGUGACUGGAUCAGCUCAAACCGGAACCAGCGGAGCCUGGGGACGCCUAGCACACGGUAUACGGCUCUCCUGAUAUAUUGUCCUCCCAGGGAGCGAGCUAUAGGAUAACUGGUAAAGGAUGUAGAUCAGGGCUGGCCAAAAACUAUGUCCCCAGUUGUUGUAGGACUACAACUCCCAUCAUGCAACAGCCCGGGUUUUUGCUUUUUUUUGGUCGCCCUAUAUAUAUAUAUAUCUCUGGUUGUGUGAUUUUCAGAUUGCAGGGUCCGUGCACGUUCCUGCGUCUUUACCCCUAAUUCCUGCUCCAAAGAGCUUGCAAUCUACUCUGUUGCAAAGCAGGGCUGGAUUCCCUGCUCUACACUUUAAUUUGUUUUUAGUGAGUCGUGUAAUGGCCGCAUCCCUGCAAAACCGAGUAUCUUCCCUACCCACCCCCUCCAUCUGGGUCCAGGGAGGAUGUUUACAUUAGUGUUGUGAUUAUUACAACGUGUGGGUGUACUUGUAUCGCCAUAUGUUUGUUUCUAACUCAAGACACAAUCGGUUCCAAGAGACGAGUGUAUAUUCAUGCUGUAAAUUAAGGUGUCUAACAUUUCUUGGGUCCGAGAGCUUGCACUCUGUAUAGAGUACGUUUGAAGUUCUGAUUGGCUGGUUAUCAAUAGUUGCAGCCCCCCAUAUGGCUAUGAAAUCGUGACGCCCUGGGCAAAUAUUAGCCCUAGCGGGUUGCCCACACGGUAGCUCUCCGGUUCCUGUAAAUGGUAGUUCUAGUUGGGAAGUCUGCUUUUAUGGGGACAUUAACUGUGACUGCUGUUGGCCAGUGAGCAUAUGUUGGUAAGACAUUGUGGAAAAUGUAGUGUUGUGAUGGUUGGUAAAUAGUAACUUACUGUUCCUGCAUUUUAUUUUCCCGAAAUUUUUGGUUUUUAACUUGAAAAACCCUUUCAAAUCAGAAUAGUGUGCUGUUGUCUAGUCCAUCUCCAAUAUCGGUUGUUACACCGAAAUAAGGGCACUGCACCCUGGGCAGUGAUAGGUAUAACACGUUGGACUCUCUUGGUACAGCUUCAUAAGACUUUCUUAAUGUGUUCCCUAGUGUGUGUACUUGUAUUAAAUGCCUACAGUACAUCUGUGUACAUUGUUCAUUGCUUGUGGUAAAGAUAGAGGGCAGUAUCUUGGUUGAAAAUUGCCUGUAAGUACCAACUAAAGGCAUAGGGGAAAAAAAGGUUUUAUUUUUGUGGCAUCAUGUUCUGAAUAUAGUGGCGCUAGUAUUUAGUGUGGAUUCCAGUGCUGCAAGUCUUUUGUGCCCGAAACCUUAAUCUGCACUGCUAUAUGGUGUUCUUGUGUGUUUUUCUUUUUUUCCUCCAGGCUGAAAUAUGACCUCCCUUCUAGAACUCCUGUACUUUUAAAAUGUCUUUUGUCUAGGGCGAGGUGAAAGGAAGUAGGGAUAUUCUCCCUCCCACUCUUAUUCUUUCAGAAGUUUUAAGCAAGGAACAAUGGCAGAUUGUGCUAGUGUAAUGGCAAGUGCCUAUUUACAUUUGAUGCUUCAAAAAUCUAAACUAUAGUUGGUAUGCUGCUAUAUACAUUUUGUAAAAAAAAAAAGAAAAAUUUUUAAAGCUAGGUUGUAUCAAAAUACAUCCUGUGUGUGUGUGUGUUGUCUUCUAAGGCAUUUGGUAAGUAUGCAUACACUAGAUAAAAGACUAAGGAGGAAUGUGACUUCUAGAGACAGAAAAAUGUUUGCUUUGAAAUAACAGAAGGCUCCAUAUCUUGCUCCUGCCUUUCUUCAACUAGGUUUGCAAACGUGUAAGAAACAGUAGACUGUUGCCAAACUACAAGUACAGUUGUGUGCAUCCGUUCCAAUAUCAAACUUGUUUGUACAUUAAACAUUUCAGUGACUGAAGACUUGACUCCUCUAGCUUGGGUAGAGAGUUGGCCACUUUUUGUGUUGGGUAUUAAAUUGCUGAAAUACAAAGACUUGCGUGAAACUUUUUAAGGGAGCUUUUGAGACUCCAAAACUGCUGUUUGGCACUCCUUUUAUUUCAUGUUUUCUCUGCCCAACUUUAGGGAAAUAAAUCAACCAGCCACUUUUGAUGAAGAUUGAGAUAGUUGGAACGUGACAAUAACAUUAAAUUGCAUCUAUAUGGCAUAUUUACUGUGCAUAGUUUAAUUUUCUUAUAGGAUUAAUCCAUCCUGAGAUUGUUUUGUUGUAGUAAGACUUGCCUCUUGAAAUGUUUAGGAAGACAAAUUCCAUAUGAAUGAGGGAGGAGCAAGGGGUUAGACUGCAUUUGCUCAAUGGGAAAUUACUUCCCAGCUAGAGUUGCAUUCCCCUGCCGUGUAGAAAAGUGCUUAUGUGAGCAAAUGUGAAAUUCCAUCCCUAACUGCUGAGAAUGCAUGGUGGAUCAAUGCCUUUUUGUGCAUUAACUUUUUUUUAUUUAGGCCAGAUCACUCUGAUAUUAAAGUUUGUAUGCAUAGCAGAAAUACAAACUAGCAAACAUUGCCACGUAUGAUUAACUUGGUAUAAUCUGGUUAGGUGGACGCUUUACAGUUCCUUCCUUGGCAAAAUAUUUUUAGUGUGUAACUUAUUGAAAAGGCCUAGACAACAUGUUUAUAAGAGGACUUUUUAAACGCAAUUAUGCCUGCAGUAUCACUACUACUUUGACUGGAAAGUUACUUUUAUUGCACAUGAGAUAUGCGAUUAAGUGACUUGCACAGGCUUCCAGUAGUUAAAACGUAUUCUGUUAAACAUUGAAGGGGUACAUUAUUCUGUUUGAAUACAUCUCAUCAGGCGUUCAUGUUUUCUGUGGUGCCCUACCUAAAAUACUGUUGUAUUAAAUGCCCAAACUGAAAGUGUAUAUUUCCACAAACUGCUACCCUUUUUUUUUUCUCUAUCGUCCAGUCUCCAGUUUGACCCAAAAAAAUCAGAUCUGGCACACUAAGGCGAUACAUACGCUCUGCUGCACUUGUGAUUUUGGCAAAGUCUUUUCUGUAUGAUUGGUAUAAAUUAGACCACGUUUGAGAUGAUUGGGCUGUCUGUCAAACACUGGAAAGUGCAGGUUAUACUGCCUGCAAAAUUAUCAACCACAAACUGUAGUUAUUGUGCUUAAUAUCUCUUUAGAGGUAGCUUGUCUUCACUUUACAAAUGCUUAGUAUGCAGGCAUAUAAUCUAAAACUGGACAUCAAGACAAUUUUGUUUCUGGGCUUACCUGGUCAUCACUAGAGUAAAAUAAGUUGAGAAGAGCAAUAAUUGUGAUACUAGCCUUGUUGGUUAAAUCUUACAAUACUUGUAUCUUUUUACCGCUGAAUGAUGUGGUUUAUUUGUUUUGUGGAAGGUGUUCAUAGCUUGGUUAUUAACAUUAUACUAGUCAUGAAUACACGGUUGACGAUUCCCAUUUUGCAUAUGUUUGUACUAAACUACAAAGAAAACUGUAAAUGCUUUCAUAAGACAGCUCUGCCUUUUGAAAUGGCAAAGUGUGAAGAUACAUGGAAACAGGACCACAAUGUCCCUAUAUAGCUAUAACAAAUAAUCCCCUGUGUAUACACAGUAUAGCUUUUAGUACAUGUCACACCCAGUAUUUGCAGCUCAACAGGGUAUACAUCAGUUUGUGAGAACACAACUCCCAUACAGGAGUAGGCUUCAGCCGCUUAUCACACUUAUAUUGAAGGUGUGGUGCUUUGUCAGGAGAGACAACACAUGACUGUUCAUUAUAGCCUUUUUAAUGGUGGUGGGGCUCAAACUAUAGUCCUGGUUUUAAAAAUGUUUUUAAAACCAUAAGUUAAACAUGCCACAUGCAAACUCUUACCCCCACCCACCCCCCCCCUUUUCCCAUGUGUGGUUUGUGUUUAUAAAAGAGUACACGAUCAACCAGUGGAAUCCCACCGAAAAGUCUGUUUAAUUUUAUUUAAUUUAUUUGGAAUCUGCUAGGUGGAUAAUAUUUAGAUUUACUAAAUAGGCUAGCCUCUCCAUUUAAAGGGACUCUAUGUGCUUCAAAACCACUUUAGCUUAAAGGACCACUUCAGCUCAAUGAAGUGGUCUGGGUCCCAGGUUCCCAGGUUAACCCUGCAGCUGAAAACUUAGCAGUUUCAGAGAAACUGUUUCACUGAGGGUUAAUCCAGCCUCUAGUGGCUCUCACUGUGAAAAUCAGUGAGAAGCUGCUGGGCGUCCAUAGGAAAGCAUUGAGUAAUGCUUUCAUAUGGGCUGUUUGGAUAUUGCGCGGCUCUUGCCGUGCAUUCAGAUCUGAUGUCGGCAGGGGGUGGAGAAAGGUAAGUGGCUGAAGGGGCGCCCUGAGGGUGGGGUGACCUAAUGACCCUAUAGUGCCAGGAAAAAAGUUUGUUUUCCUGGGACUAUAGUGCUCCUUUAAUGAAGCAGUUUUGGUGUUUUGAGCAUACCCCUGUAGUCUCACUGCUCAAUUCUCUGCCAUUUAGGAGUUAAAUCACUGAGUCUUGGGCAGCCUUCCUAAACACUUCCUGCAACAUGAGAUUUAACGUUUACAUUAUUUCACAUUCUGUUUAAUUUAGAAUUUAUCUCCUGCUCUGUUAACAUUCUUCUAAACUCUCUGCAGGUGCCCUCUUUGUAUGAUUAAAGUUAAAUUUACAGAGCCUGAGAAACUUCUAAAGGAAACAGUUUUAUUUUAUGAAGGCUGUGCAAGUUUAAUGCAUGGAGAUGUAACUAGGGUUGCAUAAGCAAAGUUAUGUAACUCCUAAAUGGCACAGAAUUGAGCAGUGAAACUGCAGGGAUAUGAUCUAUACACCAAAACUGCUUCACUAAGCUAAAGUUGUUCUGGUGCCUAUACUGACCCUUUAAAUGAAGAUGGCAGUCCAUUUAGGAAUUCUAAAAAUAUUAAAAAUCGGCAUGAUCCAAAAAGUGUUUCUAGUGGUUGUAACACUAGCCAAAUUUCAAACAUAAAUGAACUGUAGUGGAGUUAGUUUUUCAGAGGGGGUGAAAGGUUGUUCACAUUUCAGUCUGGUUUUCUGAAUUUUUGUGCUGCAUUAUUACUGUAUGAGUUGGGAAGAGCAUGAUUUAAAGUUGCAUUGAUACACUGAAUUAAACCAAGGAGGAAAAAAACACCAUACAUGCCACACUCCUUUUUAGGUUUUUAAAUCGAGAUCACAUUCUGUCUGGCUGUCCUGCACAGCCACACAAUACCAUGCAGAUUGGCUAACCAUGUGUUUUCUGGUGUCAAUGUGCUUUUAUGACUACUCCGUAAUAUCCCAACCACACAUUGGCAUUCACUGUAACGUCUCCUCAAGCUUGAAUGUUUUGAGCUGGUAUGCCUUUAGUGUUGGCUUUGGACUUGAUAACAUUUAAUGGGGAGAGGGAAUGAAGGGUCUUUAGCCGUAACUGAAGAUGCCAAAUCACAAUAGGUUUGUCUGUGAAUUUUGUCCUUGGCACACUAUUGGUUAGACCGUAUGAUUUCUAGACUGCUUACUGUAAUUUAAAAAAAAUAAUUUAACCGUGGCACUGCAGUUUAGUUGAAUAACUGGUGUUUCAACAUAAUCCAAUAAAUGUAAGCCUUGUGCAAAUGUUUAAGUCUAGCUUACACAUUACCGUUAUGCUAAUAAUGGAAAUAAGCACCUCUGCAGCCUUUUACGUUUGUAAAAUAUGGAAUCUGGUGUAUAGUAUACAAGAUAUUGCUUAUGGUGCUUGUCACAUUCACUGCCACUAUUUUAUACUAUAUAGGCAAUGCAACAUGCUUAUUGAUAUUUUUUGUUUUAAGUCUGUGGAAGUUGUCCACCAUUGUAGUGGCUUUUUCAGAGUUAAUUCACUUGUCUGGGGAGGUUCUUGUGAAUUGGCAGUGUAAAACUAAGCUUACACUAGGCACAAGUUUUGUAUGGCUAUUCCUGUAUACUACUGCACGUGGUGUAGUGUUCAAACUGUCCUGAAAAAAGCUGGAGUUAAACUGCAUGGCUUCUGCCAUUUAGUGAUGUGCUAUAUAACAUGUUGAAAUCCUUUUAGUAUCUUGCUGAAACAGGUCUUAACACAUCUGAUCUAAUGUGUAUAGACUUUACAACCUGUGGUAAUUGACCCAUCUUGAAAUGACGUGUCCCCUGUUUAUCGAGAGACUACUGGUAUUUGAUAGGGGGCAAUUGCUCUUGGGGUUAUUUGGAUAAAUGUGUUGUAACAGCCAUCCUACAUGCUCCAUGCAUUAUGUGUAUAAAACACUAGAGUCUUGCCUGUUUUAUCACACUUUAAUAUUUUAUUUUACAUUUUUAAAAUUGCCCUGAUGACCACAUGCCAAGCAAGUGCUUGAACAGAACUAGCUGUAGGAAAUAAUGUAUUGGUCAUGCUCUGGUAGGAAAGGAAACUAGUUGCAUAGAUGGAAGUUUUUACAGCUACUAUUGGAGAAUAUUUUUUUCUAUAUUUUUCUCUUAAGAGAACUGCUUUUCUCAACACUUGUUCUACAUGUGUGUCUCAGUUGUGGCAUAAUAAUGUGCUUAAAGGACCAUAGUGCCAGGAAAACAUACUUGUUUUCCUGGCACUAUAGUGCCCUGAGGGUGCCCCCUCCCGCCCGGCUCUGGAAAGGGGUAAAAACGUACCUUUUUCCAGCGCUGGGCGGAGAGCUCUCUGCCUUCUCUCCUCCUCCGAUCCUCCUCCUGGGCUGAAUGCGCACGCGCGGCAAGAGCUGCGGGCGCAUUCAGCCCGUCGCAUAGGAAAGCAUUUACAAUGCUCAAUGAGACAGCCACUAGAGGAUUAGGGGGAAGGCUUAACCCAUUCAUAAACAUAGCAGUUUCUCUGAAACUGCUAUGUUUAUAAAAAAAAAAUGGGUUAACCCUAGAAGGACCUGGCACCCAGACCACUUCAUUAAGCUGAAGUGGUCUGGGUGCCUAGAGUGGUCCUUUAACUUGAUAUGGCCCUAUUGUUUAAGUGAGUGGAAUCCCAAUGUUUGCUUAGAGGUGAUAUAUGUAUGUAGCCUUGUAAAAUGAAAAAUUUAUUUUUGUGUGCAGUAUUACUGUAUUUUGUCUCUGUUGUGGUGAUUAUAUAGAACUUGUGACUUUAUCAUUGUUCUACAAAGCUACUCUUGCAUGCAAGAAAAAUUUAGGAGCCACAUUUACUUGUAUGUAAAAUCUGUUCUGAUAAGCUGGUCAUACAGCUGCUCAGUGGCUGGUUAACCAAGCUAAAGAUACAUGGACUCUUUGCAGUUUAAAUAACUAUCCUUCUUUAAAGACUUGUACAUGAAUAUUCAAAUUAAGUGGUUUACAGUUUUUCAAACACUUAUUACAUGCACUUAAAGGACCACUAUAGUGCCAGGAAAACCUACUUGUUUUCCUGGCACUAUAGUGCCCUGAGGGAGCCCUCCCGCCCGGCUCUGGAAGGGGGAAAGGGGUUUAAACUUACCUUUUUCCAGCGCUGGGCGGGGAGCUCUCCUCCUCCGUUCCGCCCCGUCGGCUGAAUGCGCACACGCGGCAAGAGCUGUGCGCGCAUUCAGCCGGUCGCAUAGGAAAGCAUUAUCAAUUCUUUCCUAUGGACGCUGGCGUGCUCUCACUGUGAAAAUCAGAGAAGCACGCAAGCGCCUCUAGUGGCUGUCAAUGAGACAGCCACUAGAGGAUUAGGGGGUAGGCUUAACCCAUUAAUAAACAUAGCAGUUUCUGUGAAACUGCUAUGUUUAUAAAAAAAAAAAAUGGGUUAACCCUAGAAGGACCUGGCACCCAGACCACUUAAUUAAGCUGAAGUGGUCUGGGUGCCUAGAGUGGUCCUUUAAUUUGCCAGGGCAGUUGCAUUACUAGACUGAUUUCAUGUAGGGACACUAUGCACUAAAAAGACUUUAGCUCAAUGUAGUUUUGGUAUAUAGAUUAUGCCCCUAAAGCCUCACUGCUCAAUUAUAUGCCAUUUAAAUCACUUGUGUUUUUUUUUGUGUGUUUUUUAAUGCAGCCCUAGUAACACCUGACUGCAUGUUACUUGCACAGCCUUCCUAAACACUUGUGUAGAAUGUAAUGUGUAUACUUAUGACUUCUAAACCCUUCCUGGAAAGGUAUGUAGAUAUUCUAGAUUUCUUUAUAGAACAUUUUCAGAAUUUAUCUCCUGCUGUUAAGAGCCUUAUAGACCCUGCAGGAACCUCCUGUCUGACUAAAGUUCAAUUUACAGAGUAGGAGAUACAAUUAUAACCCUAAAUGAAGAUUUUUUUUUUGGAUUUUUUUUUGUGUUCCCAUGCGGGCUUUGUCACAGCCAGGGAUGGUAUGGCUAGGGCUGCAUAAACAGAAACACAAGGGAUUUUAAAUGGCAGUGAAUUAAACAAUGAAACUGCAGGUGCAUGAUCUCUUGAAACUUGUUUUGAUGACAAUGGUAUCCCUUUAGUUUAGUCUAGGGGACCUGAACAUGAAAAUGGUAUAAAAUUGUAAACUGCCACCCGUCUCUGCAAACGUGAAACUAGAAUUGAUAACAAAUGUAAAGAUAUAGUGAAAGACCUAUAAAUGCUUGUCUCAAGUCAAGAGUAUAGACUUGUAUGGCAUGCAACCUGCAUUUGGCACUGCUUUCUGUAAAUGGGCAAAAUAAACUAAAAGGCAUGUGUUAUAGUUGCUGAAAGUUUGUAGUAUAGGACUGCAACUUUGUAACGUUAAAAUAAUUCUCUGUGUACACUAUGCACUGGGAGUACCACUGUAUGAAUAGAUAGUGGUUUCUGUAUUGUAGAUAUCAGUUUCAAGAAUGUCAUGCAUACAAGUAAGACCUUUUCUACGGCUUCCAAACAGACUUAAAGAUUAUAAUAGUUUUCUGACCUCCUACAGGAUAUUAAUGAGAUACUGGUGAUUUCGGAUGCAGCAACUAAUUAUGCCUGUGCAACCCUAUAUAGCUAGAGGUGCUGGCUGUGAUAACUUGGCAUUUUUAUUUUUCAUUAAGCAUUUGUCUGCCCCUCUGAUACUUAUUGCAAAACAUGACCUGAACUUUUUGUAUUUCUGUGCUUGUACAAAUAUAUAGCUGUUGAGUCUUGUGGGGUGAAACAUCUGUUAAUACUGAAUUAUUCAUUUAUUUUUAGGCAUCUGCAAUAAUAGAUAGAGGUCCUUGAAAAACUCAAUCAUGGCAACACAAGGUAAUGUUCUGUUUGGUUAUUUUAUGCAAUUAUAUAUUGUCUAUUUUCCUUACUUUACAACAGUCUAACCCUGUCACAUAACACCCUGUUCUGGUUUCUGUUCUAACCCAGCCACACCUUUCUUUAUAUCUAAUUGUACAUUACCAUUAAAUCUUUGCUGUAAAUACCUGGCAAUAUUUGUAUUUUUCCAUAUGCAUAUUUACUCUAUUAGUGACUGUCUUGCUUGUCUUUUUUGUUUUGUACUUGCCCUUAACAGGCAUAAAGGAUGUUGCAUGUAGGCUUUAAGUGCCAUUCUGGUCUAAUGUAUCUAGCUUACAAGUUGAUUGCUGUGGUGACACAAGGAACAUUUGUUUAUAGUCAACUCUUUGCUUGUGGGGUUAGUGCUUGCACUGCAUGCACACAACUAAGAUGGGGUUGUUAUGGUUCUGUUUUCUUCCUGAGAACAGGCUUCUUCAUAAUAGUGUUUAAUCACUUAGGAGCCCAGUGAUGCACUUUCCUAUGCUGUGGCACUUAUAAGUAAAUAUUUAGCAGUAAAGGUUUGGCAGAGCUGCAUAGCGGUUCUGAUACCUACAGGGACUGUAUUCUGCUAUAAAAAAGACUCCUUACUGUUGGCUUUAUUAUUUUAAGCACUUGUGAUAACCUAAAACAGACCUGGUUCAUUCUUCAUUGCCAUCAUAUUGUAGCAUAUGUAGUUCAAGAGUGCCAGUUUAUUUAAUUGUAAUACUUUUAUUUUGUAGCUGAUUUAAUGGAGCUUGACAUGGCAAUUGAGCCAGACCGAAAGGCUGCUGUCAGCCACUGGCAGCAACAGUCUUACCUGGAUUCUGGUAUUCAUUCUGGAGCUACAACUACUGCACCAUCUCUUAGUGGCAAAGGGAACCCUGAGGACGAAGAUGUAGAUACUUCUCAAGUUCUAUAUGAAUGGGAGCAGGGAUUCUCUCAGUCCUUUACCCAGGAUCAAGUGGCAGGUAAGUAAAUAGUUAGCACUGUUGGUAGAUAUUCACAUUAGCCUGCUGUAUGUCUCUGUACUAACACUCUGGUUUUGUAUAGACAUUGAUGGCCAGUUCGCCAUGACCAGGGCCCAGAGAGUACGUGCAGCUAUGUUUCCAGAAACCUUGGAUGAAGGCAUGCAAAUUCCAUCUACGCAGUUUGACUCAACUCAUCCAACAAAUGUGCAACGCCUGGCAGAGCCUUCCCAGAUGCUUAAACAUGCUGUGGUCAACUUAAUAAAUUACCAAGAUGAUGCAGAACUGGCAACUCGUGCCAUUCCUGAGCUAACAAAGCUGCUUAAUGAUGAGGACCAGGUAUGUGUAAUAUGGGAGGCUAUACUUGUUAGAAAAUCCUAGUUAACCAGGCUCCCCCAUGAAAAUACCAAAUCUUACUUUGUACUGGCAAGAGCAUUGUACUCAAGCUGUAAACUCUUGCUGAAUUUGCCGUUCUCAUGGGUGAAUUUGUCCAAUGCAAGAACAGUUUGCAGUUUUCUGUUUCAGCUGUUUUAUUUCACUUAAAAUAUUGUAACUUAACCUGCAGGUGAUGGAUACAAGAGGGAAAACCCUAAUUCUCACUGUUAAACAUAUAUUGUAAACAGAUUUUUCACUGAAUGUAUCUUUGAUCUCUCUUCAGGUGGUUGUGAACAAAGCUGCAGUUAUGGUUCAUCAGUUAUCUAAAAAGGAAGCCUCCCGCCACGCUAUAAUGCGUUCUCCACAGAUGGUGUCUGCAAUUGUUCGUACAAUGCAGAACACCAAUGAUGUUGAAACCGCAAGGUGCACAGCUGGGACGCUCCAUAACCUCUCACACCACAGAGAGGGUUUACUUGCCAUAUUCAAAUCUGGUGGAAUUCCUGCUCUAGUUAAAAUGCUCGGGUAUGUGCAACCCUUAUAUCAUAAUGUUUAAAAUUGUUUAAAUAAGCUCACUAAGCUAAUUCUGAGCUUUUUACUUUCAGCUCCCCAGUUGACUCAGUGCUUUUCUACGCCAUCACAACACUGCACAACCUCCUUCUGCAUCAAGAAGGAGCAAAGAUGGCAGUCAGACUUGCUGGUGGACUGCAGAAAAUGGUUGCACUGCUCAAUAAAACAAAUGUAAAAUUUUUGGCGAUUACCACAGACUGUCUCCAAAUAUUGGCCUAUGGAAAUCAAGAAAGCAAGGUUUGUCUUACUAGCACCUUUAUACUUUUCUCUAGGAAGAGAUUUCUGAAUUAAACAUAAUUGAGGUGAUGCCAAUAGUGUAGCAUAUCUUCUGUUAAAUCUAGGCUACUCUGUAGCCUAAUAGUAUUAUAGUAACAAUUGUAAGUAAACUGGGAUAUUCUGAGAGGGUUUGUAUUUAUCUGGGAUUUGGGGAAACAUUAUUUUAAACUUGUGUGUUUAAAAAAAAAAAAAAAAAAGACCUGCAUAUUAACCCCCUCAGGAAAAAGGUUUGUGUAAAUUUUAGUAGCAUUAACGUAGUAGGUAUUGUGCAGCCAUUGGUGUUUGAGCAAAAUAUCAUACAGCCUAAAGCUUUUUCUUGUUCUUUAGCUGAUCAUUCUUGCAAGUGGUGGACCCCAGGCCUUGGUGACAAUAAUGAGAACUUACAGUUAUGAGAAGCUCUUAUGGACCACAAGUCGUGUGCUGAAAGUGCUGUCAGUCUGUUCCAGUAAUAAACCUGCUAUUGUUGAAGCUGGUAUGUAUAUACAAAUGUGUAGUUUUGCUGCAUUAAUCUAGCAUGGACUGCUUUUUGUAUUCAAACAGUGCAAUACAUUCACUCCCCAGGUCUAUAGUUAUGCAGUCUGUUGCUUAGAAUUGAACAGUAAGCUUUGAUCUCAGUCCUAGCAAGGCAUGUCUGCCUCCUGGCUUGUGAACUUAUUCUUUCCUGAACUUUGUAAUAAACCUGGUGUUAUUUAGAAUUAAAUGUCUUGCUGACAAAUGUUUUUCCUUUUGAGUGCAAGCUAUUAAUGCAUUUUAUUUUUUUUUGUCCCUCUUCCUGCUCUUCCCCUCACCUGUAUACUUAGGUGGCAUGCAAGCCCUUGGGUUGCACCUCACUGAUCCAAGCCAACGCUUAGUUCAAAACUGUCUGUGGACUCUAAGAAAUCUCUCUGAUGCAGCAACUAAACAGGUAAUGGUCUGUUUAUAUGUGGUUUCUAAAUACUAUUUAAUUUUUUUCGGUGUUAAUAUUUUAUUUUUCACCUACAGGAGGGAAUGGAACGCCUUCUUGGAACUCUUGUCCAACUUCUUGGUUCAGAUGAUAUCAAUGUUGUAACAUGUGCUGCUGGUAUACUAUCCAACCUUACGUGCAACAACUAUAAAAAUAAGAUGAUGGUGUGUCAAGUGGGCGGCAUAGAAGCACUGGUACGCACAGUUCUGCGUGCAGGCGAUAGAGAGGACAUAACAGAACCUGCAAUAUGUGCACUCCGUCACCUUACCAGCAGGCAUCAAGAAGCAGAGAUGGCUCAAAAUGCAGUACGUCUCCAUUAUGGGCUUCCUGUAGUUGUGAAAUUGCUGCACCCUCCUUCUCACUGGCCCUUAAUUAAGGUAAGUUAACAAGUUUGUUUCCAUUGGCAAAAGUUGUUUUGGUCUCUGCGCAGUAAGGUAGUAAGGAGUACAAUUUGUAGGUUAAUAAAUUAAUAGUAAAACAGUCACCUUUAAUAUGGAGUAAAUCUGUGGAAUUCCAAAAUGCGAUGCAGAAUUCAGUAAAGGAAUAGACCACCUUGUCUGGAGGGAAAAAACUUGCAUUAAAGCACUAUUUCUCUUCUCCCCCUCUCCCCCCCAUUCCCAAUGUAAAACUUAAACAUCCUUCCAUUACUAAACCAGUUAUGGCAUUUUGUCUUGCUCAUUUUUAGGCUACCGUAGGCUUGAUCCGCAAUCUUGCAUUAUGCCCAGCUAAUCAUGCACCACUACGUGAGCAAGGUGCCAUUCCAAGGCUGGUUCAGCUCCUAGUUCGUGCACAUCAAGACACCCAGCGCCGCACAUCCAUGGGUGGAACACAACAGCAGUUUGUGGUAUGUAUGCUUUUUCUACCUUAAAGACUUAGGGUGACUUACACACUAAGGGUGAAUUCACAGCUAAACUGCAAAAUGUAGAGUGAAGCACAGUCUUUACAAGUUUGGUGUCCAGUACAGAUAACUUUGGAAUUCUCGUUUUCAGGAAGGAGUACGCAUGGAAGAGAUUGUUGAAGGCUGCACAGGAGCACUUCACAUUCUAGCUCGUGAUGUUCACAAUAGAAUUGUAAUCAGAGGUCUCAAUACCAUUCCAUUAUUUGUACAGGUAAAAUUCCUUUGUAAACAAAACUCAAACUGGCUCAUCCGGUGUACUGCUGUACAAACUUUAAUUUUGUGGUGGUAAAUGUUCUCUUGUUGUUCUAGUUGCUGUAUUCUCCAAUUGAAAACAUCCAAAGAGUAGCAGCUGGGGUUCUCUGUGAACUUGCCCAAGAUAAAGAGGCUGCAGAAGCUAUUGAAGCUGAAGGUGCAACAGCUCCCCUUACUGAACUCCUUCACUCCAGAAAUGAGGGUGUUGGUAAGUUGCGUGCUGCUGAGUAAAAUGUCCGCCUAAUUCUUAAUUGGCAUGUUUGAAGUCCCAUUAACUCUGAAAGCUUUUUACUAUAAUUGAAGACUGUUCUCUGUAGUACAGAGUUUCCUUGGUUUUUAGUUUAACUAUAAAUUAAACACGUCUAGCAUGAAGUCACACUAAUUGCUUUUUUCCUUUCAGCCACCUAUGCAGCUGCCGUGUUAUUCCGCAUGUCUGAAGACAAGCCACAAGACUACAAGAAACGUUUGUCAGUUGAGCUUACUAGUUCACUGUUCAGAACAGAACCAAUGCCAUGGAAUGAGGUACGUCCAACUAAUCCUGUUUUUUUGUUUUUAAGAACCACUGAGUUGGCACCCCUGUAAAGUGAACCCCCUCCAUGUAGAAACCCUGGAUAAUGCUCAUAAGACCAAAUGUGUAUUCAUAAAGAAUUGAGGUUUACUUGUACGGUCUAAUUUAAUCACAAACAGUGGAACCCCUCAAGACACCUGUACAACCUGAGCAUUCUACCACAUGCAUUGAAUUUUGACACAUGUUAAAAUUACACUUCUGGAAAUUCGUGCAGUUGUUAUACUUACUGCUCAUUGCUAUGCUUUAAAGCAGUGAGUUAUGCCUGACAAAUAUUUCCUUGAGUGUUACUUUUUGGGUUGAAAUGUAUUCACUGUAAUCAAUGUUUAAUAUGAAAAUUUCUUUCUCAGGCUGGAGAUCUUGGUCUAGAUAUUGGUGCCCAGGGUGAACCACUUUACAGGCAAGAUGGUAAGGCUCCUAACGCUUGUCUAUCUAUAACAUUGUCAUCUUUAAAAUUGGUUAUGACACAAAUUUCCAUGGAUGUGUUGUUUAGGGUAUGGCUUGGUCUUAAAUGUUUCUAAAAAGAUCUUGGCAUAUUUAAAAUGUUUUCUUAAAAUCUUGUUUUUAAAUGCUGAUGCACAUUAUUAUUCAACAAGAGUUCCCUGUUAAACUGCAUCAAACUUGUCUUCUAGAUCCCAGUUACCGUGCUUUCCAUGCUGGAGGCUAUGGCCAAGAUGCUAUGGGAAUGGACUCAAUGAUGGAUCAUGACAUGGGAGGUCAUCACCCAGGAGCAGAUUACCCAGUUGAUGGACUUCCUGAUUUGGGCCAUGCUCAGGAUCUUAUGGAUGGAUUGCCCCCUGGUGACAGCAAUCAGUUGGCCUGGUUUGAUACAGACCUGUAAAUAAUCCAUAUACUUUUGGUAAAUAACUUGUAUACUCUUUUCUGGCUUGAAUGCAAUUUUGGGUUGAAUAUCUGGUACUGGUUAAACACAUCACUCAAAAUGUCUAAUAUAUUGCAGGUUCUUUAAUCCAUCCCCGGUCAAUUAAAGUGGGUUUAGCUGUCAUACAAAUGCUUGAUAAAUUGGUGCUUUUAAAAAAGAUUGGAUAAAGCAAUCCCUCCACUGAAAAUUAAACUAUUAAAGCAAAACUUUAUGAUGUAGGCCAUUGUUUUGCUAUCUUGUAAAACCAUUUAGUCAAACUGACACAGGCACACAGUUGCAGAAUGCUGAUCUAGCACGAAGUGUAAAUUGGAAUAAUAUCAAAAAUAUCACUUGACUAGGGCACUUGUGCAUCCUGUAAAUGCUGGAUGCCCUUGGAUGUACAUUCUGUAACUAGUCUCACAUUUAUACAGUACAGGUUUGUUUUGGUUUCCACUAUUCUUGGGGUGAACCUCAACUGCAUCUUUCCUAUUUCAAUUAAGUUUUUUUGGAUGCUUCCGUCUCAAACUAAACUGCAUGUCUAGAUUAGUGAAUGGGUACCUGGUAGUACAACUGUUUCUGUACACCUUCAUACUCUGUACAUUACUUCAUUGUAAUUUUUCUUUUCUUCUUUUUACAGUUAUCGUCAGAAUGAUUUUGCAUUGUGAUUGGCCUGUAGAGUUGCUGAGAGGGCUCGAGGGGUGGGCUGGUUAUCUCAGAAAGUGCCUGACACACUAACCAAGCUGAGUUUCCUAUGGGAACAAUGGAAGCUAACUUUAUGUUCUGGUCCUUUUUAUUUUGGUUGGAGGAACAAUACCAAUGGAUUUUUGGAAGAGACUCGUACAUCAAGAAUGCACAAGAAUAGUUUGCAAGCUGGAACUUAUCAAAACAAACACUAGCCUUGCUUGUUUAAAUAACAUUUUUUUUUUAAUUUUUAUUUUUAAUGGUACUGACCUAGCUUGCUUUCUUAGUAUUUAGAUUAUUUUUCUUUCUGCGGUAAUCUUUAAGUCUCUGUAGUGUUCAGUUAGUGCAUAUUGCUAAAACGGUUUCUAAUUUUUAAGGAUCAAGUGUAGAACACUAAUUCAUAAUCACUCUAAAUGUAUCCUGAAUAAAGUGGAACAUUGUGUAGCCUUUUUUUGUAUAAAAACAUAGACAAAUAGAAAUGGUCCAACUAGUUUUCUUUUAAUAUGCUUAAAAUAAGCACGUGGAUCGAUUUUUGAUCAAAAGCUUUUAUCUGGGAUAUGUCUGGGUAGGGGCCAGUAAGAACUUAUUUGGAACCUGUAAUGGACAGUUUACCAGUUGCCUUUUAUCCCAAAGUUAUGUACUCUGAAGCCACAGAUGCUUUAUGAGAAAUCGGAUUAUAAAAUGGCUCAGAAGAAUUAAAGUGGACUUUUAAUGCAUUCUGCUGUGUCAAGUUAUUUUAAACAAGUCCAUGUGGAAUGGGUCUCUGUGGUCUUAUGGAACGACCUUAUGUUUGUAAAUGUAAUGAACAAAGUAAACUUAUUUUUAAAUUCAGAUGUGUGCCAUCAACUUACAAGCCUUUUUGUUAUGCUCAAGUUUGCAACCUUUUCUUUAAGUAGUUUACACCAGCAACCUACUAGUAUACUCUACAGUGGCUCUUCUGAGUUUCAUCUUCACUGUGGGAGGUUUGCUACAUAAAUUCAUGGCAUAAGGGAAAUGAGGCUACAAUUGAUGUACAAAGCAUCUCAGAUGUGCAGCAGUUUGUGCUUGAACUAAAGUUUUUGCUUCUGUAAACAAAUUCUCACUGAGAGCUUAGAGUUUGCAUUCUCAGGAGAGUGUAAUUAUUGCAUCCUUGCUCAUGCCACUUAACUACUACUGCUGUGGGGAAGAAAGUGUCUGUAUAUUGGGAUAAUUUUUAAAGGAAUAGUCAAUUAAAGUUAUAAUGAAUGUUUAGUAGAAAUACCCAAAAACAUUUGUGCCUUUUUUCAAUGCUCUUCUCAGCAGCCUUUGCCUCUUUUCCAGGCACAAACUUUCAUUCAAUGCCAUGGAAAUGAAGUCUGACACUUCUUGUGUAGUGUGUGCUUUCCAGCGCCUCAGUGAGCUUUAGUAUCGCUUCCUGACAAGAGAACCUGCCUUGCUGUGUGAUAGGGAGGUGUCUCUGUCCUUACAUUUGU